UUAAACUGCGCGAAAAUAGACGCAAAAAAUCAAUGGCAGAGGUGCAUGGGCAGAUAGGCAGCGCGAGAGACCUUGGGACCAAGCCAUUUUCCAGCGUCUAUUUACAUUUCUAUUUCCACCCCACCUGGCGACCUGGCGAGGCACGACAGGUGUUGUCGAAUGCAUCUUCACUGGGCGAGCGUUGAAUAACUCACAUACACACUCCACUUGCUCGAGUGUGUGUGGGUGUGUGUACCACAGAUACAUGCGCAAAGCUAAUCAGAGGUUUUGCCAAAGAUAAGGGGCCAGCGCCAAAGAGCUGCCCCGCUUUUACCCAUUCAGUUUCGGAACGCAGCUGGCUGACUGUUUCUGCUUUGGACCUGUGACUCAACCUCUCCGCGAUUGUAACACAGCCCCACAGUGCGACAAACAGAAAAAAAAAAAGAGCCAUCAUACCCACAGCUCUCGUCACAGCCAUCGCAAGUCUCGCUCUCUCGACGUCUCGCGGCCUCUUGGCCAUAUCCAAGCCAUAUAUUUUUUCGAUUUGAAUACGAAAAUACGGCAAUCAAAUAAGCUGCCUCCGAAUUGAUUCCAAAUCCAGUUGCCGUCAUUUUUCGCAAUAACUGAACACCAGCCCAGUGCCAGCUCCAACUCCAGAUUCACAGACUCCAGCUAAAUGAGCGCCAUGAGGUCGCAGGACGGUCCACAGGCAGCAGCGGGGCCGCGGCCAAAGAUCAACGCUGCCAGCUCGCUGCUCACCCAGGACGAGAACGAUGCCGUCUUCAAGCUCUUGGGCAAAAAGUGUCAGACACUGAACACGGCCGUGGUGCAGAUCUACAAGACGGAGGGCAGUGCCCACGCCCACUGGAAGAAGCGGCACACAGGUGUAGUCUGCUUCGUUAAGGACAGCGCCAUCCGGUCGUACUUUAUGCGCGCCUACUGCCUGAUUAAGAACGAGCUGAUCUGGGAGCACGAGAUCUACGAUGACAUGGAGGUGGUCAAGUCGAGGCCCUUCCUCCUCACCUUCGAAGGCAGCGACGGCCAUGUGGGCUUGAAUUUUGUCUCCGAGGAGGAGUGCGACUCCUUCUUCCGUAUUGUGGAUGCCACCAUCGAAACGCGAAAUCGCAAGCGCCAGGAGAAGCGCAACCGGCAGAAGAGCCAGCAAGCCCCCAAUGCGCCACUGCCUCCGGUGGUUAGGGAGCCCUUCCGCCCGCCGCCGAUGCAGGGCGGUCUCUCAUCCACCGACAGUGGUCCGGUGAAGUUGCGCAACAACAUGAUCAACUCGGUGACGCUGACGCCGGCGCCGACGAAAAACAGCUUCCUGUCGAGCAGCUUUGGGCUGAGCAGCCACUCCAAGGACAAGAAGCGCAAAGUGACCAAAGCGGACAUCAGUCAGCCGACGGACUUUAAGCAUGUCAGCCACGUCGGCUGGGAUGCGGACAAGGGCUUCGAUCUGUCCGGCAACGAAAACGAUGAGGUCCUCAACGAGUUCUUCCUCAAGGCAGGUGUGUCGGAGCUGCAGUUGAAGGACCGGGAUACCCGCGCCUUCAUCUAUGACUUUAUACAGAGCAACAAUGUCUUGGCUUCGGUGAAGCAGGACAGUGUAGAGUCGCCCACGGAAACAACAACGCGGCACAUGCCGCCGCCGGUGCCCAGUCGCCAGCAUCAUCAGUCGCAGAAUGGCAACCAAAGAACUGCGCCACCGCCGCCGCCGGCGAGGCAGCCACCACCACCUGUGCCAACCACAGUGCCGGGAGCCUCACGCGCUCCUCCACCGCCCAGUAGACCGCCACCCAUCAGCAUCAACACCGCACCACCACCGCCGCCAGUCUGCGCGCCCGCCGUAGCACCACCACCUCCACCGCCGCCACCGCCAGCAGCAGCGCCGCCACCACCACCCCCGCCCAUGCCAGUUGGAGAGAUACCGGUCAUCACGACCACACAAGCACCCAACCAAGCGGUUAGGCCAGCCGCUCCUCCAGUAGCAACGGGUCCAGAUCCUCGCAAUGCACUGAUGGAUGCCAUUCGCAAGGGAACAACCUUAAAGAAAGUGGACACUGCUGCACUUAGCACUGGUAGCGGCGACUCUCGUAGCGAUCUGAUGUCGGAAAUUCGCCAGGGCUUCGAGCUGAGACCGGCGCACGAACGCGAGCUAGGCAGUCAACGGAACAGCGAGAGCACCGGCGGCACCGACGCCCUGGCCGAUGCACUGCGUCGUGCCCUGGCAGCGCGCGGCAAUGCCAUGCAUUCGGACGACGACGACUCCUCCGGAUCGUCGGACAACGACGGCGAGUGGGACUAAGCGAGUGGGAAGCGAGGGAAGGACAGUCGAGGCGAUGCGGGAGCAGUAACAAUUCCAAA